AUCCAGGAUAAGCAUUAAUUUGCCCAUUCAUAUUCAUCUAUCUCUCUCUCUCUCCCUCUCUCAUAAUCAUUUGUUGAAAUAUAUAGUUUGAAUAGAUCUAGCUAGGGCAAGAAAAUAUUUGGAACUUUUUGAAAGGAAAAAAUUUGUCUACAAAGCUCCCAGAAUUAUGGAGAAAGGUCAUGAUCAUCAUGAAGAAGAAGUAAAUGUGAAGGAGCCAUUUCUUGAGAGAAGAAAUGAAGGUCAAGAGGAUGCACUCCAUAUGGUUUUUCUCAGCACAGCUGUGGCUGUUUGUGGCUCUUUUAUAUUUGGAUCAAGUAUCGGAUAUUCAGCACCGGCGCAGUAUCAUAUAAUGGAAGAACUCGGACUUACACUUUCUCAGUACUCAAUUUUCGGAUCCACCAUAACAAUAGGGGCAAUGGUUGGAGCACUCACCUGCGGUAAAAUUGCAGAUACUAUUGGCCGAAAAGGGGGCAUGAGUUUAUCAUCAAUAUUUUGUACCUUCGGAUGGAUAGCUAUAAUUCUGGCAAAGAAUCCUGAAAUGCUGUACUUGGGCAGGCUUUUAAUUGGCUACGGAAUUGGGAAUCUAUCAUACAUAGUUCCCGUUUUCGUUGGUGAGAUAACCCCUAGUAAACUCAGAGGAGCUCUAGGAACUCUGAACCAGCUUUUUAUUAUAAUCGGGUUAUCAGCAAGCUACGUAAUUGGCACUUUUGUUGGUUGGAGGACGCUGGCUCUAUUUGGAUUGGUUCCUUGUGUGAUUCUGCUUUUUGGACUGCUAGUAAUUCCAGAAUCCCCAAGAUGGCUGGCUAUGCGUGGAAAUGAAGAAGAAUUUGAAAAGGCUCUAAGGAAACUUAGAGGACCAAAUGCAAACAUAUAUGAAGAAGCCCACCUCAUUAAGGAUAAUGUAGCUGCGCUUCAACUACUUCCCAAAGCCACAGUGAUGAAUUUGUUCGAUAGAACUAAUAUUCGUCCAGUUUUCAUAGCUGUUGGUUUGAUGGCCUUUCAACAAAUUAUCGGAAUUAACGGAAUUGUUUACUACUCCAGCUUCAUUUUUAGGUCUGCAGGGUUUGAUCCCCAUCUUGGAAGCAUACUUUACGCAAUCAUACAGGUCAUAGUGACUGGUAUAAAUGCGGUUUUGGUUGAUUGGACCGGAAGAAGACCCCUUUUACUGGUUUCUGCCUCGGGCUUGCUCACGGGCAGUUUGUUGACUGCUAUUUCGUUCCUUUUGAAGGCACAUGAAAUGGCGGCAAAUUUGGUUCCAAUUCUCGCGGUAACUGGUGUUUUGGUCUAUAUUGCCUCAUUUUCAAUAGGCAUGGGUGCGUGCCCAUGGCUUAUCAUGAGCGAGGUGUUCCCUUUGAAUAUAAAAGGAUUGGGUGGAGGCCUUGUGACAUUGAUGAAUUGGUUCGGGUCCUGGAUGGUGUCUUUCUCUUUCAAUUUCCUCAUGUUAUGGAGUGAAUCCGGUACAUUUUUCCUUUAUGCAUUCAAUUGCCUGCUUUCGAUCGUUUUCAUAUUCUUUGUUGUCCCUGAAACGAAAGGGAGAAGCCUUGAAGAAAUCCAUGCUUCUUUAAGCUCUUAGUGAUCAGUCCAAUCCCUGUACACUUUUAAUCUCAAAAGAUAAUUUUUGGUAGAUUUAACAAUCUUUUGACGUUAUUCUAAGCUCAUACAAUGUGCAAC